CAGGUUUCCCAAUAUGAGAGUACUGAGUGCUGCCAGUGUUCUGGUGACACUGGUAUUAUGCACAGCAGAUGAUGUGCCCCGGUGGAGUAAACCAGAUGAUAUAAGAAGUCAAGGUGAAUGGGUGCCAUUAAAAAAUGAUCGAAUUAAUCAGCAGCCUAUACGAAUUCCAAGUGCCAUUACCUCACCACGUCAUAACCAUGAACGCUCGUUUCCUCAUCACAACCCUGCUAAUCAAUUUCUUGGGGAUUAUCCAAAACAACAAAUGGUAGCUUCCCAAACAGCACCUCAAAGAAUAGCGUUUGUAAAUCCUCAAGGUCUGAGUCAGCAGCAAAUUCUACAACAACAGUUACAACCGCAACUACAACUGCAACAACAAUUGCCUACACAAUUACAGCCACAGAUACAGCAGCAAUUGGAUUCUCAACAGUUAUUAACACAAUUCCUUAACCAACAAAUCCAACAAGCCAGUUUACCAAUUUUCAAUAGAGCUCUUCUACAAAAAGAGCCAGUCUCAAGCCCUCAUUAUUUUUCUCAACCGAACCAAUUUGGCAUAGUGCCAAACUACAAUCAAGGGCAGUUACUUCCAAAUGAACAAUACACAGUUGGCAACGAAAGAGAAAUCGGAACUGACGAAAGAGCUGUCAGCAAAGACGCUGUACGGCAAGGAAUUCCAGAUAACUCAUAUGAGAAAUUAGCAAAAACAAAAUAUUCUGGAGAACCAUUCAAUAGUAAUUUGUCAUCUGUGGGAGAUCCCAACCAGAAAGAAGAAAUUCAAAUCCUGUAUGUUCCGAUUGAAAUGUUAAAGCAACAAGAACAAAAUUUGAGAAAUAAAGCAGGAAGAAAACCAGAAUUUAAUCAACCUCUCUCAAAAGAUCUAUACACUCCUGAAUUAGGUGGGAGAAACCCUGAUCUUUCGCAAAUAAACAACCAAAAAGAAUCGAGGAAAUUUAGGCAUCCUAUACAACCAUUAAAGGAACAAGUGCCUGCAUAUCAUCUAAAACAACCUACAACUCAAGGAAAAUCUGUUUACUCCAAUAGUGAAGUAACAGAAGAACCAAUUAAAGACACAAAAGAAAUAGUUUCCAAUCGUGAUUACAAUGAUUAUUCCACAAACUACAAACCACACACACAAUCAAGAGGAGAAUAUAUUCAAAGGUAUGAAACUGAAAAUAGUAAUUUAGGAACUUCAGUACCAGGAAACAAAGAACAAAACGUAGAUGAGACAACGAUUAAAGAUGAAAUAUCUGAUUACAAACAUUCACAGCAAGACAGAAAUACACAAAAAGACUAUGUAAACAAACCAGAGCCAUCACUUCCGCCACCAAAUCAACCACCACUGUCGGUAUUUAUGGAAAAGACAACAAGCAGCAGAAUCGGCGAUCUUGUCGGUUUGUUAAGAGGUUCAAAAACGAUCCCAGUUCUGGAUUCAAUAGGCCCCGAUUCUCCUCAAAUUUUUGUUGGCCCCUCAAAUUUAAAUACUCCCUCAGGAUAUAUAAAGUAUGAACUACCAUACUUGUCAUCUCUAGAUAAAUAUCAAACAAGUAAUAAAUUAUCACAAGUACCAUUUUUCGUCGCCCCAUUGAAUUUCCAGCCUCCACCAGGAUUCGCUAAAAUACCAUUUCCCCCACCUCACAUAGGCUCUGUAGUGCUAUCCAAUAUAAGUCAACAAACAUCAUCUAUCCAACAAAAUCCAAUUCCACAGUCUAAUCCUGAUUUAAGGACAACAAAUUAUAAAAAAGAAACAUUUACGAUUCCCGCAGACAUAUCUUCAAUAAGUCCUCAGCUUCCAUCAUUAAUAAACUCUUUACAAGAAGAAGAAUAUUCAAGUUCAUCAUCGACUGAAACAUUGACAGAAACUACUGACGCAACACCGAUAAAACAAAGAAGACCGAGUAGUUCCAGGAGAUUUAACAGUAGAGGAUCACAGAGAGGAUCAGUCUCCUAUGCUUCGACUACAAAGCGACCAUCAGUUUCCAGGCAAAGGAGACCGUUAAAUAGAAACACCAAUCACAGAACAAAUCCCUACUCAGAAGCAGUCACAAAUGUUCCAGAAGCUCCUACAGAACACCAUUAUGAACCUGAUGCAAAUUAUUAUCAAUAUAAAUCGAGCAAAGAUUCGAUUGAUUCUUCUGAAAAAGAUACACUGAGUCAUAAAGUAACCGAUACUCCGCAAUAUAACCCUGACGACAGACAUCCUUCUGCCGUCCAAUAUACAGGUAACAUAGAAAAUACAAAAGAAGAUGACUCGUCUAGAGAAAGUAUUAAUGCCGGUCUCGCAAAUCAAAACUCAGGUUAUAUCUCCAAAUACUCCAAUGAUGAAACUGUUGCUACGACACCCGAACAGACAUUAAAUGGUGCUUAUUACUCUCCUGACACAAUAAAUAAGAAUAUUGCCCAUACUAGUUCACCUCAAUACCAAAACGUAGCAUCGUCAGGAGAAACGUAUGACGAAUAUCAACCAACCAAUUUCAACGGUAAAACUACCAGAAAUAACUUGAGCCCAACAGACAAGCGUUCAGGAAUAGAAACAACUCGAAAAUAUGAGGAGCCUGUUGUAUAUCAACAAGGAAGUCCUUUGACUUAUCCAGAAGUUAGUUCUAUUACAAAUGAUUAUGACGAAGUUAAUUACAGAAAGCGUCAAAGAGAGAAUGCCAGCGUGCAGCCAUCAAUUGCAGAACAAAACUAUAACUAUAGACAAAAAGAUCAGAGAAUAGAAUCACCACAUGUUAUGCAAGAUGCAGAUUACUCCCGAGAGACAGUAAAUAAAGACAGCAUACAUCUACAACAUGCCAGAAAGCAAGAACAACAUCAAACAAUUGAAGAUGGAAGAAAUUUAAAUCCUUCAUACAAUGGUUAUGUGUCUAGUAACGAGGAGCAGAAUACGACACCAUAUAUUCAAAAGUCCAGUUACGAAUCAGCAAGUCAAGAAUCACUAGAACCAUACAGAGAUGUUCAAUCACCUGAUAAAAUAUCAGAACAAACGGUUCCAAAGAAACAUAGCUACCACGAUUCUCAACCAACAACAAACAAAAAUGAAGACUACAAUGAAAGAAGUCAUUAUGAUUCAAACAUAUCUGAAACUCCAAAACCUACAACAGAAAGAACAUACUCAUCAAGAUCACGAUCAAGAGGAAGAGGAAGACCUUAUCAUCAGUAUAAAGUAACUUCAACUGAACCUCCAAUAAACAGUAGUGAAGAAUCUGACGAAAACAGCCAUUAUACAAGGUCAGAUGUUACCACAUCAUCUCCGGGAAGAAGAUAUUCACAUACUAGGGCACACCGAAGACCAUUGAGACCUACUGCAAGUACAACUACUACAUCAACAACCAAUGCUCCUCCAGGCACUAAAUAUUUAAUUCGGACAAGAAGACCAACUGUUCCUCAAACAAAACUUCAUACUGGGAGAGGAAGAAUUCGAAGACCCACAACACCUACCACUACAGUACCAACAACCACAACUGAACAUCUCCAAACUCUGCCUGUUUUGUGGCAACAACCACAUAGGUUGAGUCCGAGCCAAAAUGAUUAUAGGACUAAAGAAAGUUCAAAGCAGGCUCAAUCUUCUAUCUUAGAUUCUUCUGAAUAUGCUGAAGAAACACCCCAAUAUAGUGAUGAGAGAGUUCAUGAUAAAUCAACAUAUGAGCCACAGAAUGACAGAAACCAAGAUUUAAAUCAAGGAACUUACAAAAAAUAUUCUGAAAGUGACGCACCACGUAGAGUACCUGCAUAUUCUUAUGAAACACAAGAAGAAAACUUUCCAACACAAAAACAAUUCAGAGCCACCCCUCAACCAUACUAUACUGAUGAAUAUGAAACAACACCUAAGGCACAUUACGCAAGAAACUAUGAAACAACACAAAAACAUCAGUAUAGGGAUUACGAAACAACUCAGAAGCCACAAUAUUCAAAAGACUAUGAAACAACACAAAAGGCAUAUUACCCAAGAGAUUAUGAGACAACACAAAGGACACCGUACUCAAGGCCUCAUGAGACCACACAGAAAGUGCACAAUUCAAGAGAUUAUGAUACAACAGAAAAGACACAAUACUUGCGAGAAUAUGAAACAACAGAUAAACCACAGUAUUCCAGAGAUUAUGAAACAACGCCAAAACAACAAUACUAUAGAGAAUAUGAAACAACCCAAAAGCCUCAAUAUUAUAGAGAAUAUGAAACCACCCAAAACCCUUCACAUUACCGAGGUCAUGAUUCUAACCCAAGUCCUAAAUAUUAUAAUGAUUAUGACACCACAAAAAAAGUAGCUUAUGAUUAUGAAACAACAGAGAAACCAAAAAGUUUUAAAGAUAGCAAUUAUUAUGAAACAACUAAAAAAGUCACCAAUUACAAGGAUUAUGAAACGACACCCAGGCCAUACGUUUCGGAAGCAGAUAUUAAUGAAAAACAAUCAUAUGUGCCCAGAACAUCUCACAGAACAAGUAACCAUAGGAGAAGACCUUCAGCUGCAACUACUAGAUAUGAUUCUCCCAAACCAGUGAAAAAUACACGAGUAGAAGAACCUGUAAAAGAUUCAGAUUCUGACUACUGGAAUCAAGGUGUAACAAUACAACAAAGUCAAAGCUAUGUUUUCAAUCCCGAUGAAACAUAUUCUGAAGAAAAGCAAGUUGCCUCACCUAAAGAUUCAAAACAUGAGCCUUCACAAAAUGAUUAUGAUGAUUACUACAACACACAGGAAAGUGAACAAUAUUCAUCUGACCAAUCACCUUACCCAUCAAAUGAACAAAAAAUUACUUAUACGCAAAUAAAAGAAGGUGAAUACACAGGCAAAGCUAGUCAAUACCCCAGUAAGGAUCCCAGUCGCUUUGUAGAUGAAGAUCAAGAUAAAACUGAAAAAUUUACUCAACAAAAUGAUUCCACAAAAACUGGUUAUUAUUCAAGUAGAGUAAAACAAGAAACUCCAAUAGUGGAAUAUGAAGCCGACCACGGUUUAUCGGAUGAAUCAGAAGAUACUCACCAAAAUUCAAAAACAGCACAGGGUAAUAGAAAAAGAGGAACUUGGGUAAGAAGAAAAAUUAAGAAGCCAAAGGACCUCUUUGAAACAGCUGAAUCUCAAAGAAUUAGUUCGGUUAGAGAAAACUCUCUAAUAACAGAAAUAAACCCUAAGGAUCUACAAAUUAAUAACUACACAAAAGAGCGAUUUAAUGGGAUACAAAAAGAAAGCAACCUUAAAUUGAAUGAAACAAAUAAGGCCUUAUUGAUGGAAAAUGGACAAAAUGUUACUGACAAGAAAAUUACUGAUUCAUCUGAAGAGAAAAACUCGGAGGAAGAAAAAAGCAGUUCAGAGGAGGUAGAAGAUGUUCUUGCGAAGGAAACAACAACAGAAAUGACAACAGAAAAAGAUGAAGCAUUCAACACUUACCAAACACCAUCUAUUACAACACUGCCAUUGGACACAACGGAAGUAAAAGACACUUCUGAACCAUAUCGAACCUCUACAACAACAGAAAUAUCUCUUGAGACUGAAAUAUGCUACAAAGGACAGUGUAUAAAGACAAAAAGGAGAAAAGAAGACAGAGAUUCAAUUUCCACUCCAAACAUUAAGACUUAAAUUCUAAAAUUAAUCAACAAUGGUCUACACUUCUGGCUCAAAUGAAGGAAGCAAAGUGAGUGUAAGUUAUCAAAGACUUGUGCAAAUAAUUUUUUUUGUAAAUUCCUAAAUAAUAUUUGAAGGACCUUUAGGAAGCAUCAUAGUUUAGUAAGGAAACUUAGUCAAGUCCUGAAAAGCCUUAUAAAUAAGGGCUAUUAUUAUUUAUUUUAGGAGCCACACCAAAUAAUUGUGACAUCUUCAAAAUCCUCAUGUUUAUUUAAGUUAUGGACAAUUGUAUAUUAUUAAUAUGUUACUAUUUAUUAAUAAAUAUUAGUAUUUUUGUUUUUAAA